AUGGCAAGCUUAGAAUCAAAGUUGCUUGACGGCGCAAAUGCAGGAUAUUGCAGUAGUUCGGAAGGAGAAGACGAAAGUGGAUGGAAGGUCUCAAAUGAUGAUGAUACUCAUCAACAAAACGUGAUGCGACAACUCCCUGGUACGAGCAAUACGGGAGCUAAAGGUGUACUCUCUGAUUUUCAAUUAUUCAGAGAGGAAGUGAUGCAUCACCGAGAACAAAAAAAUCAGCAAAUUGUCAAACAAGCUCAAAGGGGGAUGAUGGAAAGCAGUAAAGAAGAGAGAGAAAGGGUUCAAAACGGAGAUGAUGAUGAUGAUGAAACAUUAGAGAACAUGCGAGCCAAACGACUUCAAGAGAUGCGAAAAGCGUUGACGGGGCGAAUAUUUGAAAUUACUGAUUCGAAGCAAUAUUUGGAAGCAUCUGAGUCGAACACAUCGAGCCUCAUUUUGGUGAUGAUUUAUGAGCCUGGUCACGAAGGAAGUGAACAUUUAACGCAUAUUUUCAAGAUCUUGGCAGCAGAUUUUCCAGAUGCCAAAUUUUUGCGGGCAAAUGCGGCUCUAUUGGGGACGACGAAGAACUUUAAAACACUGGCACUCCCAACAUUGCAAGUCUUCUUCAAUGGUGCUCUUGUUGGAAAUUUUGUCUGCGUUGAUAAGCAGCUUCCAGAAGAAUACACGACAUUUCAGCUGAUUCAAUUUCUAGAAAGAAAAAGAAUCCUGCUUCGUCAAAACCGUUAUGUGGAAGAAAUCGAUGAAGAUGAUGAUUAUGAUUCGGAU